AUGGUGGCGGGCAUACGACUGGCCCUGGUGCUGCGCCCAAAAGAUGGGACCAGCAACCUCCUGAUUCAGACGCAUGGCGUGAGCGGGCGAGCCGCGCUGGACGCCUCCAGUGAGGUGGCCACCGUGAUAGCCAAGUUUUCGGCAGCCGGCGGCAAGGGCAACAUCGACGGCACCGGCGACAACCCGCCCGGCUUUGGCACGGGGCACAUGGCGGCGGUGCAGGGGCGGUACAGCGUGACGUACCGCCUGGUCAACUCUGUGUACGCCAUGGUGGUGGCCCCCCCGGGCGCCAACGUGUUCCUGGCCAUGCAGCUGGUGGAUGCUGUGGCCAAGGUGCUGGUGGGGGUGUCCAGGGGCGUGGACGUCACCCCAGACAAGCUGGUCAAGCGGUACACAGAGGUGUACAUGCUGCUGGAGGACUUGGUGGCCACCUGCCUCUCCACCCUGCCCCCCGCAUUCAUGCACAGCUCGGCCACAGACGAGCGCCUGCUGGUGCUGCCCGCCUCGGCCGCCGACGCGGCGCGCCGCCUGAAGCGCAUGGUGCGCGGCGGCGGCGGCCGCGGCGCCAGCAGCUUUGUGGCGGGCAAGGAGGGCGGCGGCGAGGAGGGCGGCGCGGGGGACCCCACGCCGCCGCCGGUGCCCGAGACGCCGACCUCCCGCGGCGGCCAGCAGUUUUCGGCGGCCCACGCAGACCCGCUGGGGGCGGUGGCGUUCGACAUCCCACCAGACGCGCUGCCGCCGCCGCCCGCACGCGCCGCGGUGGCCCGCCGCCAGCCAGGGCCCGGCCUCGCAGCGCCGCAGCGCCCCACUCCGCCGCCGCCCGCCUUCAAGGGUGCGGUGGACGAGGGGGCCGUCAAGGCGGCGGCGGCGGAUGCAGAGGGGUUUGGCGCCUUUGGCGAGGUCGCCAUGCUAGAGGCGGAGAAGGGCGCGGCGCCAGCCGCGGCGGCGGCGGAAGAGGAGUGGGCUCAGUUUGGGGACGCGGGCGCUGUGCUGGCCGCGCCGGCCGCGACGGUGGCAGCCGCCGAGCAGGCACCUGCGCCGGCGCCUGCCAGGCCAGCGCUGCCGGCCAUCACCGCCAAGGAUGUGCAGGACAGCCUGCAGCUGACAGAGGUGUGGCGGGCAGAGGUGGCGGGCGGCAGCGUGCUGCGCGCGGGGGUGGAGGGCGGCGUGCGGCGCAAGCUGGCACCCUACGGCCUGGCGGCGGCGCGCUUCCGCCUGCAGCCCGCGGCGGCGGGCGUGGUCAACGCCUGCCUGCGGGUGGCGGGCAUGAACCGAGACUUUGCAGAGCAGCUGGCGGGCGGCGGCGAGGGCGGCGAGGGCGGCGACAGCGAGGGCGCCUUCCUGGCCAAGUUCACCCAGGCCUCUGUGGGCUGCUGCUACCUGCAGUACACGCUGCCGGCGGUGGCGUGCCCGCCGCCGCUGCAGGCGCUGCUGCAUGUGGUGCCUGGCAGCGACCCGGCCAAGCCGGGCAGCUGGCAGGGGCUGGUGGUGCUGCGCUACGUGGCCUCCCCCCACCUGCCGGGGCCCCUGCUGGAUGUGUGUGUGGACCUGAAUGUGCCGCCAGAGGCCACCGCCCUGCUGCGCGUGUCCCCCUCGGCGCAGUGGUGCCGCAACGCGGGCCAGCUGCGGUGGAUGGUGCCGCGCAUCGCGCCGGGCGCCAGCGGCGAGCUGCGGGCGGUGCUGGGCUGCAAGGCGGGGGUGGCGGCGGCGGCAGCCACCGCGGCGCUGCAGCGCCAGGCCGAGGCGCGCAUCCUGUUCAGCAUGCGGCCGGGCAGGAGCCUGUCGGGGCUUGUGUUCCAGGUGGCGGCGGCGGAGGCAGAGGCGCCGUACAUGGGCGGCAACGCGCAGUGCUUUGGAGAAAUGACGGUGAGGGUUUGA